AUGGAUCGAGCUCGGCUCGCUGCCUCUGAUGUGUCCGAUUCAGCCAUCGAACUCGAGAAUUGCUUCGCAGUGAGACUCAUCCUAGAAUUCAAGAUUGGACCGAAGAGGUUUCGUAGGUUGACCACAGCGCAUCCCAUCCCAUCCCAUCCCGUCCAUAGCAGCAGGAAAAGGCCUGCCUGCCAAAGGUUGUUCGAGAACCAGCAGCCUGGCUGGCUGAAUGGCUGGCUUGCUGGAGAUCUCACUUGGUGGCGAGGCCUCUGGAUGAGAGGGCGUCGGGAGAUAUUGGGCUAUGGCACGAGACUCAGAACAGUUGGAGAAGGAAGGAAGAGCGAGCGACCACGAAAACAUAGCAGUUAUUAUACAAGGGUGAUCUUGAGUGUGUGUUUGAUGGCUGCUCCCACGGGUAAGAAGAGCGUGAUUAGGCCCCUCGGCUCCUACAGCCUGGGAGGCGAACCAAGUGAGCGAAAGUCCGCACCCGUCUCACCAACCACCUCCUCGGUACGGGCUCAUGCGCAUCGCAUUGUCGGGGCUCGCAGCUCGCAGCUCCCCGAGUCGGUCUCCAUGGAGCCUAGUCCCCUCACUAUAAUGACAGCACACAUGCUAGGAGGAUUCAUCUGCAGCCUCGUGGGAAGCUACGGAUCCAUUUGCACCUCUUUUCUUUUCACGCUUCGAAUGCUUCAUUCGUACAAAAUCUUGCCCCUGAGACCAAGAACGGCAUCAGAGUUUGUGGAGCACGUUCGGGCCAACUUUGCCCAAGAGUCGGAGCUUGCAGCUGCAGAAGCGAAUGAGACCCGGGCUCUUCGUGCAGCACUUUUCAGACAUCCAUGCUCCAGUUUUUCCUCCACGUCAGAAGAAUGA